CAAUCGUUCGAGUAUAGUCCAGUGAGAGGGUUAAAAAUAUUAAACCGCUACAAUGGGUCAAAUUUUGAAAUAUUUGGUACCACUGUGGGUGGUACUAAAUAUUGGCGGAGUUCUAGCACAGACAGAAACAACAGAUCCCGAAAUUACAACUACAGACCCAGCAAUCACAACUACAGACCCAGCUAUUACAACUACAGACCCAGCAAUCACAACUACAGACCCAGCUAUUACAACUACAGACCCAGCAAUCACAACUACAGACCCAGCAAUCACAACUACAGACCCAGCUAUUACAACUACGGACCCAGCAAUCACAAUUACUGACCCAGCAGUCACAACUACAGACCCAGCUAUUACAACUACGGACCCAGCAAUCACAACUACUGACCCAGCUAUUACAACUACAGACCCAGCAAUCACAACUACUGACCCAGCUAUUACAACUACAGACCCAGCAAUCACAACUACAGACCCAGCUAUUACAACUACAGACCCAGCAAUCACAACUACAGACCCAGCAAUCACAACUACAGACCCAGCUAUUACAACUACGGACCCAGCAAUCACAACUACUGACCCAGCAGUCACAACUACAGACCCAGCUAUUACAACUACGGACCCAGCAAUCACAACUACAGACCCAGCUAUUACAACUACAGACCCAGCAAUCACAACUACAGACCCAGCUAUUACAACUACAGACCCAGCAAUCACAACUACAGACCCAGCUAUUACAACUACAGACCCAGCAAUCACAACUACAGACCCAGCAAUCACAACUACAGACCCAGCUAUUACAACUACGGACCCAGCAAUCACAACUACUGACCCAGCAGUCACAACUACAGACCCAGCUAUUACAACUACGGACCCAGCAAUCACAACUACUGACCCAGCUAUUACAACUACAGACCCAGCAAUCACAACUACUGACCCAGCUAUUACAACUACAGACCCAGCAAUCACAACUACUGACCCAGCUAUUACAACUACAGACCCAGCAAUCACAACUACUGACCCAGCUAUUACAACUACAGACUCAGCAGUCACAACUACAGACCCAGCUACUACAACUACAGACCCAGCAAUCACAACUACUGACCCAGCUAUUACAACUACAGACCCAGCAAUCACAACUACUGACCCAGCUAUUACAACUACAGACCCAGCAAUCACAACUACUGACCCAGCUAUUACAACUACAGACCCAGCAAUCACAACUACUGACCCAGCAAUCACAACUACUGACCCAGCUAUUACAACUACUGACCCAGCAAUCACAACUACAGACCCAGCUAUUACAACUACGGACCCAGCUAUUACAACUACAGACCCAGCAAUCACAACUACUGACCCAGCUAUUACAACUACGGACCCAGCAAUCACAACUACUGACCCAGCAGUCACAACUACAGACCCAGCUAUUACAACUACGGACCCAGCAAUCACAACUACUGACCCAGCUAUUACAACUACAGACCCAGCAAUCACAACUACUGACCCAGCUAUUACAACUACUGACCCAGCAAUCACAACUACAGACCCAGCUAUUACAACUACGGACCCAGCUAUUACAACUACAGACCCAGCAAUCACAACUACUGACCCAGCUAUUACAACUACGGACCCAGCAAUCACAACUACAGACUCAGCAGUCACAACUACAGACCCAGCUAUUACAACUACGGACCCAGCAAUCACAACUACUGACCCAGCUAUUACAACUACAGACCCAGCAAUCACAACUACUGACCCAGCUAUUACAACUACAGACCCAGCAAUCACAACUACAGACCCAGCUAUUACAACUACAGACCCAGCAAUCACAACUACUGACCCAGCAAUCACAACUACUGACCCAGCUAUUACAACUACUGACCCAGCAAUCACAACUACAGACCCAGCUAUUACAACUACGGACCCAGCUAUUACAACUACAGACCCAGCAAUCACAACUACUGACCCAGCUAUUACAACUACGGACCCAGCAAUCACAACUACUGACCCAGCAGUCACAACUACAGACCCAGCUAUUACAACUACGGACCCAGCAAUCACAACUACUGACCCAGCUAUUACAACUACAGACCCAGCAAUCACAACUACUGACCCAGCUAUAACAACUACUGACCCAGCAAUCACAACUACAGACCCAGCAAUCACAACUACAGACCCAGCUAUUACAACUACGGACCCAGCUAUUACAACUACAGACCCAGCAAUCACAACUACUGACCCAGCAGUCACAACUACAGACCCAGCUAUUACAACUACGGACCCAGCAAUCACAACUACUGACCCAGCUAUUACAACUACAGACCCAGCAAUCACAACUACUGACCCAGCUAUAACAACUACUGACCCAGCAAUCACAACUACAGACCCAGCAAUCACAACUACAGACCCAGCUAUUACAACUACGGACCCAGCUAUUACAACUACAGACCCAGCAAUCACAACUACUGACCCAGCUAUUACAACUACAGACUCAGCAGUCACAACUACUGACCCAGCAGUCACAACUACAGACCCAGCUAUUACAACUACGGACCCAGCAAUCACAACUACUGACCCAGCUAUUACAACUACAGACCCAGCAUUCACAACUACUGACCCAGCUAUUACAACUACAGCCCAGCAAUCACAACUACUGACCCAGCUAUUACAACUACAGACUCAGCAGUCACAACUACAGACCCAGCUAUUACAACUACAGACCCAGCAAUCACAACUACUGACCCAGCUAUUACAACUACUGACCCAGCAAUCACAACUACAGACCCAGCUAUUACAACUACGGACCCAGCAAUCACAACUACUGACCCAGCUAUUACAACUACUGACCCAGCAAUCACAACUACAGACCCAGCAAUCACAACUACUGACCCGGCUAUUACAACUACAGACUCAGCAGUCACAACUACAGACCCAGCAGUCACAACUACAGACCCAGCUAUUACAACUACGGACCCAGCUAUUACAACUACAGACCCAGCAAUCACAACUACUGACCCAGCUAUUACAACUACAGACCCAGCAAUCACAACUACUGACCCAGCUAUUACAACUACAGACUCAGCAGUCACAACUACAGACCCAGCUAUUACAACUACAGACCCAGCAAUCACAACUACUGACCCAGCAAUCACAACUACAGACCCAGCAAUCACAACUACAGACCCAGCAAUCACAACUACUGACCCAGCAAUCACAACUACAGACCCAGCAAUCACAACUACAGAUCCAACAAUUUCAACCACACCUAGUCCAGAAAUAUCAACAAGUCAGGUUCCAUCAACCUCAACAUUGCGUACCACUACUCUAACCGCGUGUCCAAAUGGUACGUUGACUUGGUCACUGCUC